AUGAUGAACCUGAUCCUCGCCGGCGCCUUCAUGGCCUUCUUCACAGCCAACGCAUCCCCUACCACCACCUCUUCUACCACCGGCACCGGCACAAGCAUCAACGUGCAAUACGACACCACGUACGACAACUCGGCGGAAUCCAUCAACAGCGUGUCCUGCUCCGACGGCACCAACGGCCUGGGCACCAAGGGCUACAACACGCUGGGCGCCGUACCGGGCUAUCCGCUCGUCGGGGCGGCGCCCACCAUCAGCGGCUGGAACAGUGCCAACUGCGGCGCGUGCUACUCAAUCACCUACGCUGGCACGACCAUCUACGUGACUGCCGUCGAUGCCGCGACCGAUUCGUUCGUCCUGAGUCAGGAGGCCAUGGAUAGGUUGACGGGGAAUCAGGCCGUUGCCCUGGGUCAUGUCACUGCGACUUAUGCCGAUGCUGAUGCUUCCAACUGUGCUUGA